UUACAAUUUUCCCGGUUAGUUUGUUCGAUGAUUGCAUUUCGUUACAGAUACUUAUUAGCGACGCUCGUGUAUCCACGUCUUAAGACAGCUUUUUUAAUAAUUGGUGAAUUAAAAAAAAAUAUAAUGAAACUAUAUACAGUUAAUAUGGCAGUGAGCGGAAAAAUGGAAAAAGGCGCCAAAAAUGAACCUUCCAUAGCAACACUGGACGAGGCUAUGUUACUUACUGGGUUUGGUAUUUACAACAUCGCUCAUAUGCUCCUGAGUGGAUUGAUUCUUUUGGGCGUGAUCAUGCAAAGCUUGGCCAUGAGCUACGUGAUGCCGGCUGCGCAGUGUGACUUGAAUCUCAGUCUACAGCAGAGAGGAUGGAUUUCUGCUAUUCCUUUUUUAGCUAUUAUCCUCACGUCGUACUUCUGGGGCUGGCUGGCCGACACGCGCGGGCGUCGGCUAGUAAUGCUCAUCUCUAUGAUCAUCUCCACCGUGUUCAGUGGUCUCGCCAGCUUCGCGCCUGAGGUUAUCUCCUUCGCCGUGCUAUCGUUCAUAUCAUCUAUAUUUAUGUCGGGCUCUUCGGCUGUGGUGUACACGUACCUAGGCGAAUUCACAAAUAUACGUCACAGAGACAAGAUCGUCACGUUUGGUUCGGCGUUCGUCGGCAUCGGGACUGUUAUAAUACCAGCCAUAGCCUGGGUAAUACUUCCCCUGGAGUUUUCUUAUCCGCUACCACUUCUGAAUAUUGCGUACCGACCCUGGAGGCUGCUGGUCGUGGCCUGCGUGCUGCCUUUCGUCAUCGGCACCCUGUUGCUGAUAUUCAUAGCACCUGAGAGCCCUAAGUUUCUCAGCUCAUCGGGAAAAUCUGAGGAGUGUUUGGUCGUACUGAGGAAAAUGUACUCAAUCAAUAGGAGAAUGCCUGAAGAUACCUACCCUGUAAAGACUUUAAUAUCCGAGGGUAGCAAUACGAAACAGGAAGAGAAGUCAGGUAUAUCCGCAAUUCUAUCUUCCAUGAAGGAGCAGACCGUGCCGUUGUUCAAGCCGCCGUUCCUGAAGUGGACUUGCCUCACUUGUUUUGUACAAUUUGGAAUAUUUGCAACCACCAACGGGUUCUACGUGUGGUUCCCGACGAUCCUCAACUCGCUGGUGAACCACGAGGGCGCGCAGACGCGCAUCUGCGACGCGCUGGACGCCGCGCGCGCGCCGCGCAACGCCUCCGCCGUGGAAUGCGACGAUACUAUAAAUACGGCCACCUUCGAGAUGUCCGUGUACGUGGGGCUGGUGUUCUGCUCUAUGUACAUCAUCGUCGGCUUUCUGGUGGACUUUUUGGGGAAAAAAGCCAUCCUGGUGGUACUGUUGGCUGGCACCGGCAUGUGCGGAGUGGGAGCUCCCAACGUCUACCACCAGCAGAUCUCUGUCGUGCUGUUCGCAAUCUUCCAGAUGUGCGGAGCAUGUAUUGGACUCAUGAACGCUGUUACCGUGGAACUAUUUCCUACUAAAUUCAGAGCGAUGGCGGUGUGUCUGUCCAUGAUGAUGGGUCGCGUCGGCUCCAUGGUGGGCACCAACCUCAUCGGACUGUUCCUGGAGACCAAUUGUGGCGUCAGCUUCUACCUCUUCGCAGGAGUUAUUAUGGUGUGCGCGUUGUUCUGCUUGACCCUGCCGGGUAAAAACAAAGGACCAAUUCAGACCAAACCUAAGUCAGAAGCAACUCAAAACGAAACUCAAGCGCCCGCAUGAAGUUGAAAAUGAAGUUCCUAUUUUGAAAACGAAACAAUAUUUUGAAAUUUUGAACAUCCCGUACAGAGGCUGUGUUUUAAUAAUAAUUUACUUUGUUUUAACGAACUUGUGUACGUAUUUUAGAAGACGUUUUAUACGUUACUAAUCAAAAUGUAAAUUUAGUUCAGUAAAGACAAAGUUACAGUCGAAGAAUACAAAAAACAUAAACUGCCUUUUGCCUGAGCCAUGUGAUGGUGAGUGGUCACCACUAACCUUAUAUACUGUGAGAAAUAUUUACCAUUUUUCAUAUCACCAAUGUCCCAUCAACUUUGGGUACUGAGAUGUUAUGUCCCUUGUGCUUACAGUUCCCCUACCUCCCUUCAGACUGAAACGCAACAGCACUAAGUAUAACUAACUGGUGUUAGAAUAAGUGACCGUCCAGUUUAUAUGUUUAAUAUUUAGUUGAAUUUUGGAAUGUUCACUUUUAAAAAAACUUCUAUGAGUACUUGUUAAUGGCUACUAGUCUGAAACUAGACUAGUUAUUAUAGUGGCUAAUGUAAGUGGCUUUAUAUUACCCCUUACCCCUUUCCGGUCCUAUGGGUGUUGAACAGUGAGGUAAUAUAUAUUGUCUAUGGUUGGUUCUCUACUAAGCAUUAUGAAAUAUGCAUUUAUUCAAAAACGAUUUUAGUCAAAUGUUCCGAUCAUCGAUGUCGAAUUUGAACGUGAAGUAUUUAUAAUACGGCAAAAAAAAUUGCGUUACCUUUUUUCAAAAUG